GUGACGCGUUUUGCGCGUGCGUGGGACCGGCGUUGCCCGUGUCGCUGUAUGCGAGGGAUACGUACCAACCGUCUGCGAAACUAGAUUGCAACCUGGCUGUGGAAACUAUUAGUGAGAAGAUAUAUCAAACCACAGAUAUGGAUAUGGGCCCGGAGGGCAAGCGGCCGGCGCCGAUGGGCGACCCGUUCGGCGCGCAGCUGGCUGCCAUCCGCGACAACGGCGCCGGCGCGCUGGGCCUGGGCGGCGUCGAGUCGGAGGACAUGACCGUGCCCGAUCGGAUGGUGGGGCUCAUCAUCGGCCGCGGCGGCGAGUCCAUCAGCCGGCUGCAGGCCGAGUCGGGCGCCAAGAUCCAGAUGUCGCCGCAGGCCAUGGAGAUGAGCAACGAGCGGCUCUGCUCGCUGACCGGGCCGCGCGCCGCCAUCGAGCGCGCCAAGGAGCUCAUCAACGCUAUCGUGGCGUCGCGCGCCAACGAGCGCGACCGCGACCGCAUGAUGGGCGGCGGCGGCGGCAUGAGCGACAUGAUGGUGGGCGGUGGUGACCAGCCCGGCCAGACCACCACCGAGAUUAUCGUGCCCAGCUCCAAGGUCGGACUCAUCAUCGGUAAAGGCGGAGAGACCAUUAAACAGCUGCAGGACAAGAGCGGCUCGAAGAUGGUGGUCAUUCAGGACGGCAUCUACGCGAACGCUCCGGAGAAACCGCUCCGGAUCAGUGGAGACACCAAGCAGAUCGAGCACGCUAAGCAGCUCGUGUUUGAGCUGAUGGCCGAAAAGGACAACUUCGGCCCUCCCGGUGGCAGGAUGGGCAGCUUUGGUGGCGGAGGCCGCGGCUUCGGAGGAGGAACGACCGCCGAGGGCGGCGGCGCGGCUGCGUUGCAGAUCACCGUGCCGCAGGCGGCCGUGGGCGUGGUGAUCGGCAAGGGCGGCGAGAUGAUCAAGAAGAUCCAGAACGACACGGGCGCCAACAUCCAGUUCCAGCAGAACAUCAGCGGCCGCAACGAGCGCACGGCGGCCGUCAGCGGCGCGCCCGACCAGAUCGAGCACGCCAAGGUCAUCAUCCAGGAGCUGAUCGAGAGCGUGAUGAAGCGCGACCAGCAGAUGGGCGGCUUCGGCGGCGGCCGCAACGGCAGCUGGGGCGGCGGCGGCGGCGGCGGCUUCGGUCGCGGGCCGAUGGGCCGCGACGGCAAGCAGGAGAUCAGCUUCCCCGUGCCGGCCAACAAGUGCGGCAUCGUCAUCGGCAAGGGCGGCGAGACCAUCAAGGCCAUCAACGUGCAGUCGGGCGCGCACUGCGAGCUUGACCGCCGGCCGCCGCCCAACCCCAACGAGAAGAUCUUCCUGGUGAAGGGCAGUCCCGACCAGGUGGAGCACGCCAAGCGACUCAUCUGUGAAAAAGUCGGCAUUACGUACGGUCCUGGUGGUCCUGGAGGACCGGGCGGUCCGUUUGGCGGUCCUGGGGGCCCUCCAGGUGGCCCAGGAGGUCCCGGCGGACCCGGGGGAUACCAGCCACAGGGCUGGGCCAACAACUUCCAGAAUCCGGGCGUGUGGGGACAGCAGCAGAACGACCCUGUCAAGCAGGAGAGCAAUUGGAACAGCUACUAUCCGCAAUACUACGGCGGGCAGGGUGGCCAGGCGCCAGGCGGCGGCGGCCAGCAGCCCCAGAGCUCGUCAGCGGCCGCGUCCAGCGUGAAUCCGCAGACGGGCCAGCCGGACUACAGCGCGCAGUGGGCCGAGUACUACCGCAACAUGGGCAUGGUGCGCGAGGCGGAGGCGAUCGAGCAGCAGAGCAAGCUGAAGACGGCCGGCAGCGGGCCGGGCGGACCCCCGGCCGCCGCCGCCGCCGCCGCCGGGGCGCCGGCCGCCAACGGGGCGCAGGCCGACUACAGCGCCCAGUGGGUGGAGUACUACCGCUCGCAGGGCAUGAUGGACGAGGCCGAGAAGCUGGAGCAGCAGAUCAAAGUCUCCAAGCAGCAGUCGGCGGCGCCCGCCUCGUCGGCCGCUGGCGGAGCCCCCGGCGGCUACCAGCCGCAACAAUACAACUUCGCCAGCGGCUACGGUGCGGGCACGCCGGGCGGCUACGGACAGUACGGCGCGUACCCGGGCGCGGGAGACAACUAGCGCCCGCCGCCGUCUCGGCGCUGUCGUGACGCGUGUCUGUAGUGUCGAUACCCGAUGUGCCCUGUUCAAUGAGUACAUUGUCUACCAGUUGUUUUGUUGGUGUAUGAUUUCCGCUGCUAUUCACUCAUCCAUCUACAAGGGCCGGCGCGCCGGCCGGCGCUCGUGUCGGGCUGCGGCUCUCCCACUCGUGUGCGUGUUUUAAUUCGUUGUAUGAGGCCGGCCGUGGGCCGCUCCGCUCCGAGCGGCCUCGUGUUCCUUCGCCGCUCACUAAGCUCACGCCCGGCGGCGGCGGACGGGCGCGGCGCGGACGGCGCGCGCGCGCGCGGCGCCGGCCGCCGGCUCUCUCUGCCCCCCUCUCUGUCGUGUAUUGUCUGCCACGCGCCGUAGGUGGGGCGCGCCCUCUGUGCGGGUCAUUGUGGGCUGGGCGGAAGCGGCUGUCAGGUGCCAACUGA